AUGCUUUUUACUGUCGAAAAUCAUGGAGGAAUAUUAAAAUGGAAAAGUAAAUUUGACCGACCGAUGCUCGGCGCUUUAUUUCUUCCACCAAAUCGAACUGUUCAAGAUAUAGGUGGUGUAAAAAACCUUCAUCUCGCACAUAUUGAUAGCGUCAAGCCAAUUCUCGAUAUUGCGAUCGAAGAUGCGUGGCAGCGAUAUUUAACGCAGUGGAAAUCGAAAUCUACAUGGUUGGAAAUUUUCAUUGCUCCAAUAAAUGAAUGUGAAGACCAAAAAAGAGUCGCAUGGGCAGCUCUUGAAGCUAUUCAAUGGACAAAUGGAAGCGGACUCGAUGUGGCAUUUGGGCCAGCUUGUGAUUAUGUUCUGGCGACAGCUAAUCGGAUUUUAAGUUUUAGUGGUGUACCAAUGUUUACAUCAGCUGGAUUCUCGGAAUUUUUUAAAGAUAAAGAAAGAGAUGCUGAACUAAUAAUUCGAGUUGGCCCAGUUCAUGAUCAUAUUGAUGAAAUGAUUGAAGAAAUAUCACGAAAAUUCGGAUGGACACAUAUGACGCUAUUUUAUGAAAAGAAUUUCUGGAAAUCGGAACUUCUCGAAUCCGGAUUCUGCAAGAUGCUUAUGAAUGGCCUUUUCGUGCGAGCUGCAAAUAAACGGUCAAAUUUAAAACCAAAUCCACAAAUGUUACCGAAACACAAUAAAAGGAAAGGGAUUAGAAAUUUAUAUAAGAAGCAUUUAAUCGAAAAUGUAGGCACUGAUCGAGCAGGUCGGUUCUUUUUUAAUUUUUAG